GAAAUGUCAGCCCCAUAAGGGUUAACUUCCUGACUCUGAUCGGGAUGAGUGGGUCUCCUGGUGGGAAUGUGGUCGCUGACGGCCAGUGAGAUCGAGAGUGCCACGCCCCGCUUCUUUGUUGGAGCUGGGGAUGAGGGGCUGGGCACCCAGAGAGCAGGCAUGAGUAUGGAAGAGAGUGAGAGUGAGCUCCUCGAAGAUGAGGAAGAUGAAGUGCCCAUUGAACGGCAGAUUAUUGUUGGCAUUUGUGCCAUGACCAAGAAGUCCAAGUCCAAACCAAUGACCCAGAUCCUAGAACGACUAUGCCGCUUUGACUACCUAACUGUGAUUAUUCUGGGUGAGGAUGUUAUCCUCAAUGAGCCUGUGGAGAACUGGCCACCUUGCCACUGCCUCAUCUCUUUCCACUCCAAAGGCUUUCCUCUGGACAAAGCUGUUGCUUAUGCGAAGCUCCGAAAUCCCUUCCUCAUCAAUGAUCUGACUAUGCAGUAUUAUAUCCAGGACAGGCGGGAAGUAUACCGAAUCCUACAAGAAGAGGGCAUUGAUCUGCCUCGAUAUGCUGUGCUUAAUCGUGACCCUGCCCGGCCAGAGGAGUGCAACCUGAUAGAGGGUGAGGACCAGGUGGAGGUGAAUGGAGCUGUGUUUCCCAAACCAUUUGUGGAGAAGCCAGUGAGUGCUGAGGAUCACAACGUCUACAUCUACUAUCCCAGCACAGCUGGUGGGGGGAGCCAGCGCCUCUUUCGUAAGAUUGGCAGCCGAAGCAGUGUGUACUCCCCUGAGAGCAGUGUCCGAAAGACUGGAUCUUACAUCUAUGAGGAAUUCAUGCCCACAGAUGGCACUGAUGUCAAGGUAUAUACGGUGGGGCCAGAUUAUGCCCAUGCUGAAGCCCGAAAGUCUCCAGCAUUAGAUGGAAAGGUGGAAAGGGACAGUGAAGGGAAGGAGAUUCGAUACCCAGUCAUGCUGACUGCCAUGGAGAAGCUAGUGGCCAGGAAAGUCUGUGUUGCUUUCAAGCAAACAGUCUGUGGGUUUGACCUUCUCCGUGCCAAUGGUCACUCCUUUGUCUGUGAUGUCAAUGGCUUCAGCUUUGUCAAGAACUCAAUGAAAUACUAUGAUGACUGUGCCAAGAUCUUGGGGAAUACCAUAAUGCGAGAGCUUGCCCCCCAGUUUCAGAUUCCGUGGUCCAUUCCCACAGAGGCUGAAGACAUUCCUAUUGUCCCCACCACAUCUGGCACCAUGAUGGAACUCCGCUGUGUCAUUGCCAUCAUCCGUCAUGGGGAUCGAACUCCCAAACAGAAAAUGAAGAUGGAAGUUACACACCCCAGGUUCUUUGCACUGUUUGAGAAACAUGGUGGCUACAAAACUGGGAAACUGAAACUGAAGAGGCCAGAGCAGCUGCAGGAGGUGCUGGACAUCACUCGGCUGUUGUUGGGAGAGCUGGAGAAGGACCCUGGUGGAGAGAUUGAAGAGAAAACAGGAAAGCUGGAGCAGCUAAAGACUGUGUUGGAGAUGUAUGGACACUUCUCAGGCAUCAAUAGAAAGGUACAGCUGACUUACUACCCCCAUGGAACCAGAGUCUCUAAUGAGGAGCAAGAUCAACAGCGGGAAAUCCUGGCCCCAUCUCUGCUGCUGGUGUUAAAGUGGGGUGGGGAGCUGACUCCUGAUGGUCGGGUCCAGGCUGAGGAGCUAGGACGAGCUUUUCGUUGCAUGUACCCUGGGGGCCAGGGGGACUAUGCUGGCUUCCCUGGUUGUGGGCUUCUACGACUCCAUAGCACUUACCGCCAUGACCUCAAGAUCUAUGCUUCAGAUGAGGGUCGUGUACAGAUGACGGCUGCAGCCUUUGCCAAGGGAUUACUGGCACUGGAGGGGGAGCUGACGCCCAUCCUGGUGCAAAUGGUGAAGAGUGCCAACAUGAAUGGGCUUCUGGACAGUGAUGGUGACUCUUUGAGCAGCUGCCAACACCGUGUGAAGGCACGACUACAUCACAUUCUACAACAGGAUACACCCUUUGGCCCUGGAGACUAUGAGCAGUUGGCCCCUACUGGCAGCCUCUCUUUGCUCAACUCAAUGGCCAUAAUUCAGAAUCCUGUAGAGAUUUGUAACCAGGUCUUUGCCCUGAUUGAGAACCUCACACACCAGAUCCGAGAACGACUGCAGGACCCCAAGUCAGCAGACCUGCAGUUGUACCACAGUGAGACUCUGGAGUUGAUGCUGCAGCGCUGGAGCAAGCUGGAACGUGACUUUCGGCAGAAAAGUGGACGCUUUGAUAUCAGCAAAAUCCCUGACAUCUAUGAUUGUGUCAAAUAUGAUGUACAGCACAAUGGGAGCCUGGGGCUCCAGGGGACAGCAGAACUGCUGCGGCUCUCCAAGGCACUGGCUGAUGUGGUCAUUCCUCAGGAGUAUGGGAUCAGCCGGGAGGAGAAACUGGAGAUUGCUGUGGGCUUUUGUCUCCCAUUGCUGAGGAAGAUUCAGCUUGACCUACAGCGAACCCAUGAGGAUGAGUCUGUCAACAAGCUGCACCCCCUGUACUCCAGAGGAGUGCUCUCCCCAGGCCGCCAUGUCCGCACCCGCCUCUACUUCACCAGUGAGAGCCAUGUCCAUUCCCUGCUCAGUGUCUUCCGUUAUGGAGGGCUUCUUGAUGAAUCUCAGGAUGCACAGUGGCAGCGGGCUCUGGCUUAUCUCAGUGCCAUCUCAGAGCUCAACUACAUGACUCAGAUUGUCAUCAUGCUAUACGAAGACAACACCCAGGAUCCCUCAUCAGAGGAGCGAUUCCACGUGGAGCUGCACUUCAGCCCUGGAGUGAAAGGUGUUGAGGAGGAGGGCAGUGCCCCCACUGGCUGUGGCUUCCGCCCAGCCUCUUCCGAGAACGAGGAGCUGCAGACAGGCAAGGGCAGUAUGGAAGACCUGUGCCGGAGUAAGGGUCGAGACGAGCCAGAUCGGGUAUUGCAGACAUCGCCUCAGCCGCCUGAGAUCCCUGGUCUCCCAAGAAGAUCACCACUCAUCCGUAACCGUAAAGCUGGCUCUAUGGAGGUGUUGUCUGAGACUUCAUCUUCACGACCUGCUAGUUACCGUCUAUUCCAGUCUUCACGUCCCCCCACAGAAAUGAAGCAAAGUGGCCUGGGCUCACAGUGCACAGGGCUGUUCAGCACCACAGUGCUGGGGGGUUCAUCCAGCGCCCCGAAUCUCCAGGACUACGCUCGCAGCCAUGGCAAAAAACUCCCACCUGCCAGCCUGAUGCACCGAGAUGAGUUCUUGUCUGUCCCGGCUGUAAAGCGAUUUUCUGUGUCGUUUGCAAAGCAUCCGACUAACGAGCUGCUGGAUGACCAGCACCCUGUGGUCCAGCUGUUGCGCAGUUUCUCCUCCGACUGCCCAGGGGGCUGGCCAAUCUCCCUGGAUGCCACGCUGGCGCAUCACCUGCACCAGUGCUCCUACCACCUUCGCCUCUUCCGGAACUGGCUACGCUCAGGCCAGGAUGAUCCCGAGUGCCUCUACGGAUUUGAAGGUUGUUCCAUGGUACCCACCAUCUACCCACUGGAGACUCUGCACAAUGCUCUCUCCCUUCGCCAAGUGAAUGAAUUCCUGAGUUCAGUCUGCCAACGGCACACAGAUGCCCAAGUAUCUGCAGCUCUGUUUGAUUCCAUGCACAGCAACCAGGCUCCUGGGGGCCCAUUUGCUCCACCCCAGACCCUUCACUCACCCCCUUUGCAGCUCCGGCAGCGCUCUGAGAAGCCCCCAUGGUAUAGCAGUGGUCCCUCUAGCACUGUGUCUAGUGCUGGCCCCUCUUCCCCUACUUCAGUAGAUGGUGGCUCACAUUUUGGCUUCAGUGACCGUCCAAACCUGAGUUCUCAAGUGAGUGAGGAGCAUCAAAGUCAUGGGCAGCCUCAGGAGAUCCCUGAGGAUGGGGACAAGGAGACCACAGAGAUGGGAAAAGAGCCCUCUAAAAUCAUCCAGCCAUCUCAGGAAAUGCCUGCGGAGGAUGGCCAGCUGUUACAGGAAGCCCUACCUGAAGAGACAGUCCAGGCAUCCCAAGAGGUUCUGGUGAAAGUUGAACAGCUGACUCAGGGAGCCUCUGAGGUCAACCAGCUGUCUCCGGAGGGCCCUAUCGAAGUUGAUCAGCCCUCCCAAGAGAUUACUGUGAAUGUUGACCCACUUUCAAAAGAAGCCCUUGAAAUUGGCUUCAUGUCCCAGAAGAUUCCUGAGGAGACUGACCAGCCGAGCCAGGAGGCUAGUGAGGAGGUUGACCAGCCAACCCAGGAAGCUGAUGAGGAGGUUGACCAGUACACUGAAGAGGCUGGUGAGGAGAUUGACCAGUCCACCCAAGAGGGUAGUAAGGAGGUCGAUCAGCUGCCCCAGGAGGCUCCCGAGAAAGCUGACCUGUUGUCUCAAGACAGUCUUGAAGAGGUUGACCAGCCAAUCCAAGAGGGUACGAAGGAGGUUGAUCAGCUAUUUGGAAAGAAUGUUCUUCAAGACCAACACCUGUCUAGUGACCCAGACCCUUUAGACCAAUUCCUGACCUUCAACCAGCAAUUUCCCUUCCCACCAGCACCACAUGACUAAGCACUCUGCCAUUAGUGGUCACAUUGCACCAGUCAUUUGAACCAGCAGCAGUUCUGCUGGCCACCUCACCUACCAGUUACAGGCCUUGGCUCCAACCAGAGGGCUCUGAGGAAGCAACCUCUCUCCUCAUUAAGAGGUGUAUUAUUGGGGCAAGAGCUAGGCUGGGGUGGAGCCAACUCUGCUAAGGGUCCCUUGGUUGCCUAAUUAGUGUUCUCAACUCCUCAGAGUAGGCCAGAGGGUAACUGGGAGUUGAAUGAAAUGUCCGUUUGUUGCUAAAGACAAUUGAGGACCAGCACAGAUAAGAGAAGGAAUCCCAGGUGAGGGCCUUGGAUUCUGGCUAAUGCCCUAGCAAAGGGUGAAUAACCUCCUAACGUCCCUUGGGCCCCAGGGGCAUUCAAGAGGUCUACCCAGUGUUCUUUGGGCAGGUUUAGGAUGGCCAAUCAAAUUGGGAGAGGGAAAGAGGAUCCCAUUCCCCAAAUAACCAUCCCGGGUGGCCAUUGAUACUGAAAUUGGGCUAUAGAUAUUCCCAUAUUAUCCCUAAGUGCCCCCCUCCUAUCCAUCUGGACAACAGCUCUGGCAUAGGAUGGGUAUCAGACUGCUCUAAAGAUUUAAGAGUAAUCACUUAAAGCUGCUUUAGGGGUAUCUUGCCUUCAGGGGACCCUUGGCCAACUGCUAAGGGGUAUCUUGGCUUAGUGUGGGGAGAGAGUCUAUAGAGGAAAGAAUCAGGUUUUAUUUUAAGCAAUUAGAAGAGAUCACUAUUGUACAGACAGGAGCAAAGAUUUAAUAUAUAUAUAUAUGUGUGUGCGCGUGUGCCUGUGUGUGUGUGUGUGCCUCUGUGUGUAUGUAUGUGUGUGUGUGUGUAUAUAUAUAUAUAUUUCUGUAGUGAGGCUGGGCCCACUGGGGACCAAGCACUCUAGGGUCCCUGUGAGGUUCAUCCUUGCUUCUCUGUGUCCUUAGGGCCAGAUGUGAUUGUGAAGCUUUUCCCAAAGAUGGUGGGG